GCUGUUAAUAUGUUGAAUGAUGACCCUGACAAUGACAAAGCUUCUGCUCUGUGGGAGGAAGGGUGGGAUGACCUUAUGAGAUCUGCUGCUAUGUACAGAUAUUGCAUUGAUGGCAUUGCUAAAGCUACUGCUAGCAUUAAGGGGACUCCACUGGAUGGUGUGCUGAAACAGAAUCAGGUGUGCUCUGAAUUUGUGGAGGACUAUGCUAGGACUGCGAGAGAGUUGUGUACAACAGUGGAGGACUUCCUCAGCACCUCAAGGAAUGCCAUGAAGAAGAUUUCAAGUGAACGCGAGAAAUUCAAGACCUUGCAGAUGAUUUCCAAGGGGCUUGCUACUCUUACACUGGGGAUAUCCCUGUUAGUUCUUCUGCCGUUGAUGGGGUUAUAUCUAGCUGGCACCGUCAGCUAGAGUACCGGCUUAUGUGCGGAGACUAACUGUAGCGUUGAAGGUCCUUCCAUGUUCAGUUGAAGAUUUUGUCAUCGGUUCUUGUUGUUCCAAGCAUCCAUGAGUGAUCAAGCGCAGUUCAGUAAGUGUGUUAAGCACUGCGUGAACCACAGACUAAUCCUGGACCGGGAGUGUCAUUUGCAGUCCGUGGUCAUUUGAACUGUUAGUACCUUGUAUGUAAGACCCAGCUAAGAUUUUGCGACUCUAUUGGACAGAGAGGAAACUUAGGAUGUUGAA